GGAAAACAACAAAUAGUAUUUGUUGCUAAUGACAAAAUCUGAACUUUUGGUUAGCGGAGAGUGCAGGCGGCUUCGUGGUGGGCUCUGGGGAGCCGGACGCGGCAGCCAUGCAGGCCCUAGACGACGGCGACCGCAGCGGCAGCGAGGCCCGUGAGGCCGGUGCGGCGGGCGGAGCGGGCAGAGCCGGCGGCCAGGACCGCCAGCCUCGCCCUGGAGCUCCUGGUUGCCAGGGGCGCUCUGGCAGCCCCAUCAGCCCUGAUGAGGGCCCCGGCGGUGGCGAGAGAGCAGAGGGCGAGGCGGCCGGUGCCCCUCCUCAGGCCGGGCAGGCACCGCAGGCCCUGGGGCCUGGUGGGGAUGCGGUGCCCGUAGCUGUGGCAGCGGCAAGCCGAGUGCUGGAGUUCACGCUCACUGUGCCUUUCCGGUCACCCCUGGAGGCAGAGAGGGCCCGCAGGUCCCUGGCCCCACAUGCCCAACACCACCAAGGGGUGGUUCAGAAGGAGCUUACAGUGAAGCGCAGCGCCCUGGCCGUUAGAUGGACUGCUGAAGACCCCGUCUUCUUCUGAAUUUCGAUCAACUCCUUCCUCGACCAGCUUUCCCUGGUGAUCCGAAACAUUCGGGGCUUUGGGUCCCCUCCUCCAGGAAGCCGAGGCCCAGGAAAGGGAGCUGAGGCCUAGUCUUGUGCCCCCUACUAGGCAAGGCACAGGGAGUUGGUACUUGGAGUUAA